AUGAGAUCUGCUGUGUUAACAUCGAUUUUUGCCAUUUUGGCGGUUAAUGUUUCUCUAGUCUUUGGUUGGGGUUACAGAGCCUCUGAUCAGAGGCGCUGGGCCGUCCUCCACCCGGCUUGUGGAGGUCGGCAACAGUCCCCCAUCGCCAUAGCUGCUCGUCAAGCUAUCCCCAUCUCCAUACCUGCUAUGGAAUUGAUCGGCUACCAAAACCCAUUGCCUGGUCCUCUUACGAUCACCAACAAUGGACAUUCAGUUGCCCUCACCAUUCCCAAGUACAGUUCUGAAGAAGAAAAGAAAGGAUUCCGUCUUCCCUUCAUCUUCGGAGGCCCCUUGGACAAUGAGUAUGAGAUUGAAGGCCUACACUUCCACUGGGGAGACAAGAACAACCGAGGUUCUGAACAUACUCUCAAUGAUAUGCGAUUACCUUUGGAAAUGCAUAUCAUUCACAGGAAUAAGAAGUACAGGAACCUUGCUGAAGCCCUGCAGCACCCUGAUGGUCUUUGCGUGCUUGCAUUCUUCUACCAAGUUGUAGAAUUCGAUGCCAAGCUCCUGACUCCCAUCGUCAAGAAUCUGUCAGCUAUUGAGAACUAUAACACCUCCAUGCAACUGCCACAUACCUUCUCCCUGUCCUCCAUCCUAUCAGGAUUGGAUACUGAGCGUUUCUACACUUACAAGGGAUCUCUGACCACGCCCCCUUGCGCCGAAGCCGUCACAUGGGUCGUCUUCUCAGACUACCUUCCAAUCUCCGUGUUCCAGAUGGACAACUUCCGCGGUCUCCUGUCUAACCUGAACUUGCCUCUCGUGGACAACUUUAGACAGUUACAACCGUUAUUUGGCCGGCGUAUAUUUGUUCGUAUAACAUCGAAGAAUCCCAAAUUUAAGAAGACUAAACUCCACUACUCCAAGUGGGACUGGGUCGGCCACAAGAAGGCCGAGAAUGACGUUGCUGAGUUCGACGAAUAA